AUGGCAUGCGAUGAAUGUACCAUGAUCGCCGUAGCUGCUGCAAUUGUUGCCCAAAUCGCCAUUACAGGAUUAUCGUUGGACUCUUUGAACAAGACUCAUUGGACAGCAAAAUCUUGUUUUGUACUGAGUCUAACCUUUGCUUUGGUAUCGGCAUACUAUUCUGUUACUCAGCAAAGAAUUCUAGGUCGAUUGAUCAAAGCAAAAGAUGUCCGUGAUUGGAUACGAGGGAGGAAACAGACAGUCAACUCAAUCCUUUCGGUGAGUAUUGGGUUCAAGUUUGAUCCUUGUGAUCCUGACGACUACUCACUAGCGGACUUGGAUAUUGGUGAUUUCAAGAUGGAUUUUGAGAGAAGAUGUUUUCUCCCAAGCCCUAUAUCCGUCGUCUCCCUUUCUGCUUCGCAGAUCUUGCUCACUAGCUCUCCUACUCUGCUUCUUAUCGGCCUGGGGAUAUAUCUAGGUCAAUUCUGGGUUCGUGAGCUGGAUCCUGAUAAACCAGCUACCGAUUCGAGAAAUGUCUUCAUAUUGUUCUUUAUUGGGCUGUACUUCUCAGGCGGUAUGUAUGCGAUUCUAGGGGAGUUCGAUGGCAAGGAUACGCGUUUGGAGUCCAAAAUCAUAGACGAAUAUAUGAGCAUAUACUUAUCUAGUCACCCUGAUGUGUUGGCACGAUGGAAUGUUGACCGUUAUUGGUGUCUUCAGAAUGGGACUCUGAAGCCGAUUUCUAGCUCAGAAAUCGAGGAAUCUUCCACUGUCGUGCAGAAUGGGAUGGAGGGGAUAAAUAACGUCUAA